CAAUAAGCUAAACAUUCCAAUUCCUUUACAUAUAAAUAUAAACAUAAAUAAAAAAACAAGUUCACGCUCAUCCUUCAACUUCAUUCCCAACAAAGGACUAUAAAUUAUUCAGUGUGUCCCACUUCUUCUUAUAGAGCAUCAGGUACCCUGUCGGACAACUCAAUCAUAAAGAAAGAAAGAAAGAAAGAAAGAAAGAAAGAGCCCCUUCUUUUGUGAUUCACCUUCUUUGAUUCCAAUCCCCAUAACUUCCUUUUUUUCUUUUAUUUUUUCUUUUUAUUUCCUCUUAAAUCAUUGUUAACUUAUUUAUAUACAAAUUCUAAGAUAAAUAGAGCUCCCAUAUCUCCAGCGGUGCCAUGUCUCCCUUCUCUCCUUACAUGCAGACGUGCACCUCCAUGUGAACCAAUCUCUCAGCAUGGCUUCUCUUCUCUCCUCUCCCUCUUUAAAUCAACCUCUCUGAAACAUUCUCCACCUUCAAAGAAAGAAAGAAAGAAAGAAAGAAAGAAAGAAAGAAAGAAAGAAGAAGAAGAAGAAGAAGUUUAGUGAAGUAGAUCACAACACAAGCUCAAGGUUUAAUAUAUAAAUGGAAGAACGGACUCAAAAGCCGACCUCACUGAUCCCGUCUCUUCCACGCGAUUCACGAGGUUCUCUCGAGGUCUUCAAUCCUUCCACCUUCUCCUCCGCCUCCUCCGCCGCGUCCCGGGCCCUCAGCUCCGCUCCGUUCGCCACGUGGAGCUCCCGUCCCGAUCCACGUGUCACCUCGUCGGGCCCACCACCGGAAGACGCCGCCACAACAUGGAUGGCCAUCUCCAGGAACACUCCGGCGGCGCCGGCGCCGACGCCGACGUCCUUCUCCGAUCCCAUCUCGAUCUCCAAGAAAUCCUUGGGAGAGGGGUCGAUGGGAGACGUCGGCGCCGCAGCGCAGCGGGCGGCGGAGUGGGGACUGGUGCUGAAGACGGACGAGGAGACGGGACGGCCGCAGGGUGUGGCGGUGAGGAAGUCUAGGGAAGAAGUUGGGAAGGGCGGCGGGAGGGAGUCGGGAACUUCGUAUAGGAGCUCUGAGGACUCCGAUGCAGGACCGAAGGAGCGGGGCGCUGGCGGGCUGCCGAGGGUUUCGGAGGAGCUCCGAGAUGCUCUCUCGGCUUUCCAGCAGACCUUCGUCGUCUCCGAUGCCACCAAGCCCGAUCAUCCCAUCAUGUACGCCAGCGCUGGGUUCUUCAAGAUGACUGGGUACCUUUCCAAGGAAGUCAUCGGUCGGAAUUGCCGGUUCUUGCAAGGAUCUGGAACUGAUCCGGCUGAAAUUUCGAAAAUUAGAGAAACACUACAAUCUGGAGGGAGCUAUUGUGGUCGCAUUUUGAAUUAUAAGAAGGAUGGAACACCCUUUUGGAAUCUUUUAACUAUUGCGCCCAUCAAAGAUGAGAACGGCGAUGUUUUGAAGUACAUUGGCAUGCAAGUGGAAGUUAGCAAGCACACUGAAGGAACUAAAGAGACGAUUGUCCGUCCCAAUGGAUUACCAGAGUCUUUGAUUCGAUAUGAUGAUAGGCAAAAGGAAAGGGCCCGAAGCUCACUCUCUGAGCUUGUAAUGGCUGUGAAAGAUCCCCGUGCAUCAGAAUCUGGAAAUCGCCAUUUCAUGAGGAAAUCAGAAGGCACUGGAGAGGUUUUCAGAGCUGAAGCAGCUGGAAGGAGAAACUCAGAGAAUGCCAAUACAGCUAGGCGCAAUUCACGUAGUGGGAUGAGAAGUUCUAUGCAGAAGAUUAGUGAGGUGCCUGAGGGGGGGAAAAGAAAAUCAGGCAUUCGAUCUUUCAUGGGGCUUAUUGGAUUAGGUCAAGCACAUGUGGAGAAACAAGGCAUGGAUGUUCCUAUGGAAGAAGAUAUCCUGCUGGAAAGUGAUGAUGAUGAGAGACCUGAAAGCUUUGAUGAUCAAAUACGAAGGAAAGAAAUGAGAAAGGGUAUUGACCUUGCUACAACAUUGGAACGUAUUGAGAAGAACUUUGUCAUCACUGACCCAAGGCUGCCUGAUAAUCCCAUCAUAUUUGCAUCAGACAGUUUCCUAGAAUUGACAGAAUACACACGUGAAGAGAUAUUAGGAAGAAAUUGCAGAUUCCUCCAAGGCCCUGAAACUGAUCCAGCUACUGUAAGAAAAAUAAGAGAGGCUAUUGACAACCAGAGGGAUGUCACCGUGCAAUUAAUAAACUAUACAAAAAGUGGGAGAAAGUUCUGGAAUCUUUUUCACCUGCAACCUAUGCGCGAUCAAAAGGGAGAGGUCCAGUACUUUAUUGGGGUUCAGUUGGAUGGUAGUGAGCAUGUUGAGCCACUUCAUAACUGUAUUCCUGAGGUUACAGCAAAAGAAAGUGCAAAGCUGGUGAAAGAAACUGCAGAAAAUGUUGAUGAAGCUGUUAGAGAGCUUCCAGAUGCUAAUUUGAAACCGGAGGACCUGUGGGCCAACCAUUCAAAAGUUGUUCUUCCAAAGCCCCAUGGAAAGAAUAAUGCAUCAUGGAUUGCAAUCCAAAAAGUUCUUGAGAGUGGAGAGCAGAUUGGUCUCAAACAUUUUAGACCUGUUAAACCUUUGGGCUCUGGUGACACUGGCAGUGUCCACUUGGUGGAAUUUAUGGAGACAGGAGAGUACUUUGCAAUGAAAGCUAUGGAUAAAAAUGUGAUGCUUAACCGCAACAAGGUGCAUAGAGCUUGUGCAGAGAGAGACAUUCUUGAUGUUCUAGAUCAUCCAUUUCUUCCCACGUUAUAUGCUUCAUUUCAGACAAAGACGCAUGUCUGUCUAAUUACUGAUUACUGCCCUGGAGGAGAGCUCUUUAUGCUCCUAGACAGCCAACCUCUGAAGGUCCUCAAGGAAGAUGCUGUCAGGUUCUAUGCUGCUGAAGUUGUCAUUGCACUUGAGUACCUUCACUGCCAAGGUAUAAUAUACAGAGACCUGAAACCAGAAAAUAUCUUGCUUCAAAGAGAUGGUCAUGUAUCUCUGACGGAUUUUGAUUUGUCAUGUUUGACAUCUUGCAAACCACAGCUCCUCCUUCCAAACACACAAGAUAAGAAAAAGCAGCCCAAAGGAAGAGUGCCUCCAGUUUUCAUAGCUGAACCAAUCAGGGCAUCAAAUUCUUUCGUUGGGACUGAAGAGUACAUUGCACCUGAGAUUAUAACUGGCGCUGGACACACUAGUGCUGUAGAUUGGUGGGCACUUGGCAUCCUUCUUUAUGAGAUGCUUUAUGGAUAUACCCCAUUCAGGGGCAAGACAAGGCAAAAGACUUUUGCUAACAUUCUUCACAAAGAUCUCAAAUUUCCUGGGAGUAACUCGGUGAGUCUCCAUGGUAAGCAGCUGAUGUAUCGCUUAUUACAUCGGGAUCCUAGAAACAGAUUGGGUUCUUCUGAGGGAGCAAAUGAAAUUAAACGCCAUCCAUUCUUCCGUGGUAUUAAUUGGGCUCUUGUACGAUGCAUGGCUCCUCCGAAGCUGGAUGUGCCAUUAUUUGGCGCCGAGACGGGGAAGGAAACAAAAUUGGUUGAUGCUCAACUUGCUGACCUCCAAGCAAAUUUCUGAAAGCUUUAUGCUCAACUUAGCCGCGCGGCAUGCAUAUUCAUUGGUGAUUUUUUUUGGCGAGCAUUAUUAUAAUUGAAGAAAAUAAAGAGGAGCUUCAGAUUUUCCUUGUAUUCCGGUAUCUAGUGUCAUCUAUACUGUCUCCUGUGCGGUAUCAUGCCCAUCAUCCUGGACAACAAUUAUCAUUUUCUUUUAUUCUGAAUGUAAAUCUAGGAACACCAAUAUUUUGUUUUAUGAUAUCUAUAUUUGUGCAUCUUUUCUUUGAAA